GAGGGAAGACGAACAUCAGAGGAGUAAGCGGUGUGGCAGAUACUGAGCUCUGAUCCAUCAGCUAAUGUAUUAUCUAUAGCACUGAUACAACACCUCCAAGAUCUUCACGAUACCCUCAAAGACUACCAACCGCCCAAGGUUAUUCAUCCCGAUGUUCAGGACUUGCACCCUCACAAACCGAGUCUGUUUGAGUCGCUAUUCGGCGGUGCCAAUAAGAAGAUAAAGGUCAUUGGCGGUAUACCAGAGAACCUCCCCAAGGGCCUAUACAUGUAUGGCGAUGUUGGGUCGGGCAAGACGAUGCUGAUGGACUUGUUCUACGACACCCUUCCACCGAACAUGACGUCCAAAACCCGCGUCCACUUCCACAAUUUCAUGCAGGACGUGCACAAGCGCCUGCACAAAGUGCGCAUGCAGUACGGCAACGAUUUUGAUGCGGUACCUCUCGUGGCCGCAGACCUUGCCGAGAUCGGUCAAGUUCUGUGUUUCGACGAGUUCCAAUGUACCGACGUCGCCGACGCAAUGAUCCUCCGACGCCUGCUCGAGUCACUCAUGUCUCACGGUGUGGUUCUGAUCACCACUUCGAACCGACAUCCAGACGACCUGUACAAGAACGGUAUCCAACGCCAGUCCUUCAUCCCUUGCAUCGACCUCCUCAAGAAACAACUCAAAGUGAUCAACCUCGACUCGUCGACCGAUUACCGCAAACUACCCAGGCCUCCGUCAGGAGUAUACCACCACCCUCUCGACCGGUCCGCGGUAUCGCACGCCAAAAAGUGGUUCGAAUUCUUGGGCGAUCCGCAAAAGGAUCCCCCACACGCAGCCAAGAUCACCGUCUGGGGCCGCGACGUCGAGAUUCCACUGGUCUCCGGGAAGGCCGCGAGAUUCACGUUCCACGACCUCAUAGGUCGCGCGACAGGAGCGGCAGACUACAUCGAGAUGAUGCGGCACUUUGACGCGUUCAUCGUGACGGACGUUCCCGGCAUGACGCAUCGCGAACGUGACUGGGCGCGACGGUUUAUUACCUUCAUCGAUGCCGUGUACGAGUCGCACGCGAAGCUGGUCCUGACGACCGCGGUCCCCUUGUCGCAGCUCUUUUUGAGUAGAACCGAACUGGACGAGUCGCUUGAGAAGGUCUCCAAAAAGGUUGACAGGGAUGACGGGGCUGUGAGUGGAGAGGAAAAGAACGUCGCGGCGAGAAUGAAGAAUGCGGACACGCACGGUGAGGGCGCCGACGUCGAUGAUGUCAUGCGCAAUCUCAUGGAUGAUCUGGGCUUGAGUAUGAGCAUGCUCAAGCAGAGUAGUUUGUUCUCUGGCGACGAGGAGCGAUUCGCGUUUGCUCGAGCGUUGAGUCGGUUGAGCGAGAUGGGCAGUCAGGAAUGGGUGGAGAGAGGGUUGGGCCUGGAGAAGCGUGGUGGUUUGGGUGAGAAGGAGGGUUGGCAGAGGGUACGGUCGAGGUGGAGGGAGGAUAGUCUUUAGAUGAUAGAUAUCUGUGCACAUCUAGCGUUGGAAUGCAUGAGCGGGUGAGCAUAUAAAGCAUACACGUUGCGUACGUAUAUACCAGACG